UGGACGUAGAUUUACCUCAGUAAAUCGAACCACGUAAAAUCUGUGUCGUGAUCUGCAUCUUCCUGCAUUCAUCACCAUCAAAAAUUCGCCGAUUCAUCAGGCUCCACCAAGAAGCGCCGCCGCGAGGAGGACAGCCUCCGCGAGCUCGUCCGCCAGAUCCGUGACGUCGUCUACGAGGCCGAGGAGGUCAUCGACGCCUUCGUCACCCAGGCCACCGAGUCCUCCUCCCGCAACCGCAUCGCCCGAGCUUUCCAGACCCCUGUCAAGCUCCUCUCCAUCGCCAAGGAGGUCGAGAAGGUCGGCGCCAAGGUCAGAGACAUCUAUGGCGACAGAGGCAUGCUCGACUUUGCAACCCUCAACCUUGCUGAUGGAGGCCCUGAAGAAUCUCAGGCGCCCAUUCCCCGACAAGAUGGUGUGGUGGGUUUUGAGGACGAAGCUGAGAAGAUAAUAGGAUUCGUCAAGGAAGAAAAAGAUAAUCUUGAUGUCAUCUCCAUCAUUGGUAUGCCCGGCCUUGGGAAGACAACGCUCGCGUGGAAGAUCUAUAAUGAUCCAGACAUUCAAUACAAAUUCCCCACUCGUGUUUGGGUGUAUGUGUCUCAGGAGUUCACUAAAAAGGAUGUCUUUCUUUCUAUGUUGAAACAGCUCAUGAGGAACACUGAGAACAUGUAUCAGAAAAAUGAUCAGGAGUUGGCCCAAUUGGUUGCUGAGCAUCUGCAGAGAGGGAAGUUCUUGAUAGUGAUGGAUGACGUGUGGACGAGUGAGGAUUGGGAUAAGCUCAUAGUUGCCCUACCUAGAUGCAAUAAGUUGGGUAAGGUGUUGAUCACUAGUCGUCACAAGGAAGUGGCUUGGCAUGUCAAUCACAACAGGGGGCCCUGCAAUCUGCGUUUCUUGACUACUGAGGAGAGUUGGUUGCUGCUCCAGCUUGAGGUUUUUGGUAAGCCCGAAUGGCCUUCUACUCAGAUAGAAGUUCUUGGAAAAGUAAUCGUGAGGCAAUGUGGCGGCCUCCCACUUGCGAUUGUGGUCAUAGGAGGCAUCCUUGCCAAGAAGUAUUCGGCUUCACAUGAAAUGAGUGCAAAGGUGAAAGCCUGGGAUAAGGUGUCCGAGAGCGUGAGUAAAUAUCUCACCGAGGAGGAUCCACAAAGACGUAUGGAAAAAAUUAUAGCUUUGAGUUAUGAUAAGUUGCCAUUUCACCUGAGAGCAUGCUUUCUCUAUUUUGGGAUGUUCCCUGAGGAUUUUAAGAUCUCGGCUUGGAAGUUGAUCCGGAUGUGGAUUGCAGAAGGAUUCAUACAACCAAAAACCGGUCUGAAUUUGGAGGAAACUGCUGAAAGCUAUUUGGAGGAGCUUAUCAAUAGGAACUUGGUGAGGGUUGACAAGAGGAAGCCUUGUGGAAAAGUUAAAACGUGCCGCAUUCAUGACAUGUUGCGCGAUUUCUGCAAAUCCGAAGGUGGCAAAGAAAAGGAGAAUUUCCUUCAAGAAAUGAAGAAGACUGAUGAAGGAGAUUUUUGGCCUCCCAUUGCUAAUGUACUAACCUGUCGUCGUCUGUGUAUUCACUCGAAUGUCUCAAGAUUUGUUUCUUCAAAACCUUCUGGUCCACAUGUCCGCUCGUUUGUCUGUUUCUCGAGAGAAGAUAUCAACUUACCUGCGGAGAGCUGGUCAACCAUACCUGCAAAUUUCAAAUUGCUCCGAGUUUUAGAAGUCAAGCCCAUCAAAAUGACUAAAAUUCCUAAUGAUUUGUACCAUUUGGUUCAUCUGCGUUACAUCACUCUGUCUAUCACUCUAGCUAUUCUUCCCACGGCCUUCUCCAAGCUUUGGAACCUUCAAACCCUCGUUGUCGACACAACAUCCCGUACCCUGGAUGUUAAAGCCGAUAUUUGGAAGUUGCUUCAGUUAAGGCACUUGAAGACCAAUGCUUGCACUGUUUUGCCUAAGACGGGUAAAGCUAGUAAAGAAGGCGAAAAGUUUCAAACGCUCAGCACUAUUUCACCUCAAAACUGCACUGAAGAUGUUUUGGACAAAUGCUGCAAUUUGAAGAAGUUAGGCAUUCGUGGGCGCCUAUCUCUUCUCGUGGAAGGAAAGAGUGGAUCAUUUGAGAGUGUGGGGAGAUUGCGUAAUCUUGAAAGGUUGAAGCUAGUGAAUGACACGUUUCCCAACCCGCCUUCAGAAGGCCAGUUGAGCCGCCUUCCUCCUACCUACCAAUUCCCUCCGAAACUAAGGAUCCUAACAUUAGCCGACACCUUUCUUGAUUGGUGUCGCAUGUCCACCCUAGGAUUGCUCGAGAACUUGGAGGUGCUCAAGUUGAACGACAAUGCAUUCAACGGGAAGAACUGGACAGCAGUGGAUGGGCAUUUCCGAAACCUUGAAGUCCUGCAUAUAGGGCGCACGGAUUUAGUGAUAUGGGAAGCUUCAGCUCAUCACUUCCCAAACCUCAGGUGCGUUCUGCUGAGCAACUGCGAGAAACUUCAGUACAUUCCAAUCGGGCUUGCAGAUAUACCGAGCUUGCAGCUGCUGGACUUGCACCGUACUGAAUGUGCAGCUGCCUCCGCCUUGAAAAUUAACGAGAAGAAGGUCCUAGAUGCAAGUACAAGGCAGGAGGGGGACGAGCAAACCAUCACAGCCGCGUUCAAGCUAACCAUUUUUCCUCCUGCUGUAUGAUCAAUGAUCGCCGUUAAUGUUUGAAUUUUCAAUGGCAACACAUUGAACCCUCGGAAGCAUCUACCAUUUGCAGAAGUGGGAGAAAGGGUGCGUGGUGGUCGAGAUCUUUUCUGUUCAACAGAAUGCCUUCGAUGAAUAAGUGUUACCCUUGGAUUCAUUUCUUUGUGCUGAACUAAGUGUUGCUGCUAUGUGAUUUAUUCAAUUUGCCGAGAAAAUAUUGUAAUAAAUGUAUUGCACUUGGAUGCUGUUCAUUGAGUGUUCCACUGAAUUUGCUCAUUAUUAUGAAAAUUUAUUGAAUAGAUAUGUUUCUAGUUUGGA